GGAUGAGUGAUUGGACCAAUCAGAGGCAGGGAAAGACCAGCGAGGGCGGGGCUUGCAUGGAAAUGGAACCAAAAAGUGGAAAGCUGCACAGCGCCCCCUGUGGAGAGCUCAGGUUCUACUUCUGCUCCAACACAGCCAGCUCCUCUUCAAAAGUCCUCUCCAGCGACAGGAAACCAGGCAUCGUUCCCGUUCUGAGUCUGUUUGAUGUUGUGUGGGGCAACAGCUACUUCUUGGCGGAGGAGAUUCUCCGCUCGUCCUCCUUCCUCAAGGAGCUCUGGUCUGGUCAGCUGACUCACCGCUGCUACAACAACUUCAUGCAGCAGGAGGCGCUCUAUCUGCACAGAGUCAGCAGCACACUGGAGGCCCUGAUGUGUAGUUUACAGGAAGCAGAUGAGAACACAAAAUCACUGCUGCUGGACACACUUCAACACUACAGCAGCAGAAACAAGAGCCCCCUCACUUCGCCUCCCCCACAGUGGCUCCCCUUCGCCCUGCAGUCUUUCCACUCUGUGGUUUUGGAGGAGCCGAUCUAUUGGCUGGUGGCCCUGUCGGCCCGGGCCUGCCUCCGGGACUUUUUGGCUGAGCUCAAGCCCGGUUCCCCGCUGGUGUCUGGGUCUGAGGAUAAGGCCUACAGCAUCUACCAGGAGUGGAGUGAAGAGAGUCUGAAGGAGGUCGCCUGGAUCCGCAGGUUCAGAAAAGUGACAGAGGAAUACCAAGAUCAGAUGGACAUGUAUAAAGCCAUAAACAUCUUCAGACAGCACAUGAUGAACCAGAAGAGUUUCUACAAGGCUGCAGACUGUGAUGUAGGGGAUGAAAACAUAUGAAGAGUAGGUGUGUUGGCCUGCUGGUGAAGGGUUUUCCCAGACAAACAAACAGACCUCCUCUCCACUGCAGUCAAGGAAAUGACUUCUCUUCUACAAGUUUGUGUGUAGUUAUGAUAACAUCGUGGCAAGAAUGACACAGGGAAGAGCAGAGUUGUUUUUCUAAAGCGCUCUACUCCCUGUUGGCACCUGCAGUCCCAAUUACACAAUCAUUCACAUUACUUGCAAACUAAAUCAUAAAAACCUUGGUUACCAUUUGUUAGAUUGAAAGCUAUGAUUAGCUUGUUUACUAUAUUUACUACUAUGUUGCUGUUCUUCUACAAGAUGAAGGAUAUCCUGGAUAAGAGAGCAUCUGUAAAUAAAUAAUAAUGAACAAACCAACAA